AUGGCAGUCGAUAUUGUAACCCAGGCUCGUGCCAUCGUCAACGCCAAGUUGGACGAGUUGAACGACGGCCUGCAUCGAGUUAACAAGACACUUCAUGCAAACCCAGAGCUUGCAUACAAGGAGUUCAUCGCCCAUGACACAAUUACAGCCUACCUCGAGAAGCUCGGUUUCCAGGUGGAGAAGAGCGCGUGGGGAUUAGCCACAAGCUUUGAUGCCACGGUUGGAUCUGGCGAUGAACAAGUCAUCUUCUGUGCCGAGUAUGAUGCUCUGCCGGAGAUUGGCCAUGCCUGUGGCCACAACCUCAUUGCCAUGUCGUCCAUCGGGGCCUUCCUCGGAGCGGCAGCCGCCAUGUCGGCGCUCAAAAUCGAUGGCCGUAUCAGACUCCUGGGGACGCCGGCAGAAGAGUCUGGCGGAGGCAAGGAGGACCUCAUCAAGGCGGGUGCAUUCGACCCUCCAGAGAGCGUCGUCGCGGCCAUUAUGGCUCACCCAAUGCCAAAAGGCCUUGUCUCCCAGGGGAAUUACUCGGGCCUGGCGGGGAUGAAGCUGAUUGCUUGCAAAGGCACGCUUGUCGAGUUCAAGGGUCGAACAGCCCACGCGGCCGGUGAGCCGUGGAAAGGUGUCAACGCGCUCGACGGAGCCGUCGCGGCAUACAACAACGUGUCUCUCUUGAGGCAACAGAUGCACACUGAAGAUCGGGUACACGGUAUUUUCGAAGUCGGAGGCGCGGCGCCUAAUGUGAUCCCCGACUACACCCGCAUGAACUGGCUAGUUAGAAGCCCGACUGCGGCGGGAUGCGACAAGCUCAUGGAACGAGUGACCAAGUGCUGGGAGGCUGGGGCAUCCGCCUCGGCUUGCGAGAUGAAAACGACGAGACAACACAACUACUUGAAUCUCCGGGCCAAUGAUGGCCUGUGCCAAAUCUACGUUGAUGAAAUGGCCGCCUUUGGCGAAAACAUCCUUCUCAAAAUGGAUCGGGCGUUGAACGCAUCCACUGACAUGGGCAACGUAUCCCAUCUUGUACCGAGUUUCCACGGUGGAAUAGGCAUACCCGCGGAACCCGGCGUUGCCAUGCAUAAUCCACGCUUCGCCGCCGCCGCCGGGACGGAUGAGGCUCACGGAGCGGCGAUUCAGGCGGCAAAGGGUAUGGCCAUGCUGGGGUUGAGGGUACUUUUGGACAGAAAAGUUGCCGCUCAAGCGCGUCUUGACUUUGAAAAGGAGGGCGAAUAG